UCCUCGGCAGCUACAUUGUGUGGAAAGCAGCACGUUGUUGGCUUCUGCACGCUGAACUUUACGCCGAAUUAACGUUCUCCUGCUCAGGGAGAAACCAGAUUCAAAGCUACCAGCUAUUUUCUCAGACGUCUGUAAGUUACCCCAGCUUGCGAAAACAUGUCGGCCUCGGCGGCAAAAGUGAGUAAAAAGGAGCUGAACUCGAACCAUGACGGAGCGGACGAAACCUCCGAGAAAGAGCAGCAAGAAGCUAUUGAACACAUUGACGAAGUUCAAAACGAAAUUGACAGGUUGAACGAGCAAGCCAGUGAGGAGAUCCUCAAAGUAGAACAGAAAUACAACAAACUCCGUCAGCCAUUCUUUCAGAAGAGGUCAGAACUGAUCGCCAAAAUCCCCAACUUUUGGGUCACCACAUUUGUCAACCAUCCACAGGUAUCUGCUCUACUGGGAGAGGAAGAUGAAGAAGCACUUCAUUACCUGAGCCGAGUGGAGGUGACAGAGUUUGAAGACAUCAAGUCAGGCUACAGAAUAGAUUUUUAUUUUGAUGAAAAUCCGUACUUCGAAAACAAAGUACUUUCCAAAGAGUUCCAUUUGAACGAGAGUGGAGACCCAUCUUCAAAGUCGACAGAAAUCAAAUGGAAAUCAGGAAAGGACCUGACCAAGCGUUCCAGUCAGACACAGAACAAAGCAGGAAGGAAGAGGCAACACGAAGAGCCAGAGAGCUUCUUCACUUGGUUCACCGAUCACGCUGACGCCGGCGCUGAUGAGCUCGGGGAGGUCAUCAAGGACGACAUCUGGCCAAACCCUCUGCAGUACUACCUGGUUCCUGACAUGGAUGAUGAAGAGGGUGAAGGCGAAGACGACGAGGAGGAUGAGGAGGGUCUGGAAGACAUCGAUGAAGAGGGAGAUGAAGAUGGAGAAGAUGAUGAAGAGGACGAUGGGGAAGAUGGAGAGGAUGACGAAGGAGAAGACGACUAAUAAAUAACUUCAUCUACCCAGACCCUCAACGUUCUAUUUCCUGUUUGGUUUUUCCACUCACAUUCGGGAGCAAAGGUUUUAAUUUUUUUUUUUUUUAACUUUUUUUUUUUUUUUUUUUUUUUUUUUUUCUUAAAUCCGUGUGAGCUUCAUUUUCCAUUCUGAGGCCUCCUCACCUGUCGGUGCCAUGUUAUGUUCUCCUUUGACACAUCUUAGGCCAAUGGCACUUUGCCCUGAAUUGUGAGUACCAUCAUCCCCUGAGUCAUCUCAAAAAUAAUAAUAAAAAAUGUAUAAAAAUAGAAUCAGCACGGCAUCCUGAGUAGAAUUUGAAGACAAUUCACACAGAGUUCCUCCUGUUAAAGGUUGUGUGGUAAAUUGACUAAAGCCAUGGUGUAGUGACCCAGCGCUAGUUUACCUCUCAAUAUUUUUCACCCAUAUAAUUUUGUUUUCUUUCAGUUGGGGCGUUGAGCCCUUGAAAAAACUGUUAUUUUUUUCCCCUAUGUGGUUAACGAGUACCAGCUCAUUCCUUUUGACUUGUAAUGUUUAGGGGGUGGG